ACUACAGCAGUCUAGCAGGGGAUUUCCAACUCAACUGCUCACAUAUAAGCUGGACACAGGGUCCCUUUUCUCACUCUCCUGUCUGUUCCCUUGAUUGCAGAGAUGGCUGCCUGUGAAGUACUUUCUGUGAAUGUCCAUUCUGAGGAAAGGCCCUUAAUGACCUUUCCUGCCAGCUCGAAAGACAGAGUGAAGAAGAUCAAUGAACACAUCAGGUCGAAGACUAAGAUUCCUGUUCAGGACCAAGUCCUUCUGCUGGGCUCCCAGACCCUAGAGCCACAGAAACCACUGUCAUUUUAUGGUAUUGACAAGGAGAACACCAUUCACCUCACCCUGAAGGUGGUGAAGCCCAGUGACAAGGAGCUGCCUUUGUUUGUGGUGGAGGCAACAGAUGAGGGGCAGAGGCACCUCCUGCAGGUGCGAAGGUCCAGCUCUGUAGCCCAGGUGAAAAAGAUGAUUGAGACUGUGUCUGGUGUGACUCCUGAGACCCAGAUUGUGACAUGCAAUGGAAAGAAACUGGAAGAUGGGAAGAUCAUGGCGGAUUAUAGCAUCAGAGAGGGCAAUUUACUCUUUCUGACACGCUUUUGUAUUGGGGGUUGACUAUCUUGGGGACGAGGUGGUUACCCAGAGUAGAGUUUAUUUUCUUAGCUCUUACUCAGCAACAACAUUUUUCAUGAUUUCCCAAAAUUAAUGAGAAUGAGAGAAUAGAGGAAGUUUGGGGGGUGGGAGGUAAAUUCUACCAUAAUUGUUAUGAUUCUACCAUAAUUGAUGGCAGGAUUGUUACUAAGAAUAGAAGAUAAUGUUUUCAUUUUAGAGAUAGCAUUCAAAGCUGACUUGAAAUUUAUGUUGUCCAAAUCCCCAUUUCCUUUCCAGUAGGAUAAGAUAUUAAGUUUAGGUUGUGAUACAAUUCUACUGAUUUUUUAAUGUUUAUAUAUCAAGCUUAGUGCUUUAUCUGUAAUAUCACUCAAUAAUCAAUGAACCAAAAUAAAUUUCCACUUAUUAUGAA